UCUUCAAAGAAGAAUCUUGACAAAUUAACUACUUCAUUAAAUACUAACCAACUUUUUCAAAAACUCUACAACUUUUUCAAACGUUUUACCAUGCAUUAAUCUUUUUUGAAAUCUAAGCAAUCUAACAUUUGAUCAUUAUCUUUUUUUGGGGGGGCUUAUAAUCACACACAAAAAAAAACACAUUGAAGUUUUUAAAGAAAAUGAUAGUGAACAACGGAUGCAUACUAAGAAAGUUAUUUGCAAUUCUUGAAAAAAAGUUUUGUGUUGAGAAAAGUUUCUAUUUCUGGAUAUUUCAAAUUUUCAAUAGUUACAAUUUGGCUACUUAAAUUUCUAAUACUAUCUCUUAACUAAUUUGUUUACUAGCUUUAGCUGCAAUUUCUCUUGAUCAUAUAGAAAAAGUUUAGGAAAGAAAAAUGGAAGGUGCAUCAUUGCCACCAGGGUUUCGUUUUCAUCCCACGGACGAAGAACUAAUCGGAUAUUACUUGAAAAGGAAAGUCGAAGGUUUUGAAAUCGAACUUGAAGUUAUUCCGGUUGUUAAGCUAUACAAGUUUGAUCCAUGGGAUUUGCCUGAUAAAUCAUUCCUUCCAAAGCAAGACAUGGAGUGGUUCUUUUUUUGUCCUCGUGACCGAAAAUACCCAAAUGGAUCACGUACGAAUCGAGCUACAAAUGCUGGUUACUGGAAAGCCACAGGAAAGGACCACAAAGUCCUAAGCCAAUCAACUAUUGUAGGAUACCGCAAGACCCUUGUUUUCUAUCGUGGACGAGCUCCAUUUGGUGAUCGAACUAGUUGGGUCAUGCAUGAGUAUCGGUUAUGUGACAAUAUUAUUCAUGGGACACCAAGUUUUCAAGGGCCGUUUUCUUUGUGUCGUGUGAUGAAAAGGAAUGAGCAGAAAACAAGCUAUUUCAAACGUAAACCGAGAUCAAAGGGCACUGGAGGCAGUUCAAAGAUUAUAAACGAGCCAGUGGGCAGUGAGAGUAAUUUUUCAAGUCCUUUCACUUCUUGUUAUCAGACAACGCGUAUUUUAAAUGAAACAACUUCAUUGAAGAGUCCUAAUGAUCCUUCUAACUUUUGGGUCUCCCCUGCCUUAAUUCUUGAGUCUUCAAAGGAACAAUUAGAAGGAGGACAAGAAAGGAAAGCAGGAGAAGGGCAAGAUGGGAAUUUUCUAGGAAAUGAUUUUCCGCAGCCAAUGAUUCCAAGGCAGCCAUAUGACCAGGCUGGGUUUUCGUCAAGUUCAUCAUACUCGAAUUUUACAGAGGAAGAUGAGCUGAUUCGAUUUGGAUGUAUGUCACCAUAUUCGGGAGAUGAAAGUUUGAUGGGACUCUUUGGAAACGAAGAUCAUACUUUGUAUGAAGGUUAUGAGUGGACUAAUUAACUCACAUAUCCAAAACACUGUCAAGACAAAAUUGAACGAUUUACCUUAAUCUUUAUAGAGUGAAACAUUUGAGAAGUCUGUUUGUCUGUUCGAGUAUAAUAGCGUGUUUAAGGUUGAUGGUCAUACCUUCUUUAUGUUUCCGUGUGGUAUACAAGAAAUGUAGUCGUGACUUCUGAUCACUUGUAUAGAAUUUCACCAGGAGUCGAUGUUAUUGCAGUGUGUAUCUUCUAAAUCUAUGUAUGUAUAAUAAGCUUCAUUUAAGGAAGCCGUUUGCUCUGCA